UUCUCCAUAUAUAUGUCACACAGACAAUAAGUCUAAAGCCAUCAAAUCCAUAAACUCUUGUUUUAAAUUUGAAGUUCAUCAAUGGCAAAUCAAGCAGCUGUUGCAGCAUUCUUCCUUUUCGUUUUGGCUGUCUUCUCCAACUUCGAGCUCUCAGCUUCAACCCUUGUCAUUGGCAAGGUCUCUUGCCUUGACUGCCACAGCGAUUUCGACUUCUCAGGCGUUAAGUUUCUCCUUAAGUGCGACGGAGAGAAGAAACCAAUAACCGCAAUGGCAGCUUCUGACGGAACUUUCCGGUCAGUGCUUCCAACUACUGACAAAAAACACUCCAUGAACUGUCUUGCAAAGAUCUUGGGAGGUCCUGAACAACUUUAUGCUCACAAACACAACAUGGUCUCUGAACUAGUUAAGUCCAAACACGACACCAAGGUUCUUAUUACCUCAAACCCACUUUCCUUCUCUCUUUCAUGCCCCAAACCAACGGGAGAUAAUGUCGGAAAUAUGAUCGGAGAUUCGAAGACUGUUAACUUUCCGGGGACAGGAGGUUUUGGAUUCCCACCUGCUAGCUUCUUUCCUUUCUUACCAAUCAUUGGCAUCCCAUGAUUUAAUUAAAUGUGAUUGAUAAGACUUGAAAACGUAUUUAUUCAUAUAUUUAAAUUUGUUGUUAUGUGAAUCUAAGAGAGCCAAGACAAUAAUACGGCAAGUUAUAAAGUUUUUUGUUUUGUUUUGUGAGAUAUUAACUAAGAUAAGUUUAUGUGAUAAAAAAUGUUGUUUAUUGGCUUCUUGAAAUUUUAGUCCGUUGCUUUGUAUCAAUUUAUUGGCUUCUUGAAAUUUUAGUCCGUUGCUUUGUAUCAA